UCAUAGUGGGAGAAAAGACUGUAUGGUAGAUGGUAGAUAUGAAGAAGAAAAAUAUAAUAUUGGUGGGGGGGUUGAAAUACGUCUCGGAAGGAACGCAGCCUCGGCGACGGGGUGGUAGGAGGAAAAAGUGAGCGAGGAAGGAAGAAGAGUCAUCGCGGGCUAGUGAGCGGUGGCGGUUGGGGUGGCGGGUAGGUGGGUUUUGAUGAUGGUGUGGUGGUGGUGUUGGAUUAGUAUUGGAGCGUGUUGGUGGUCGAGCGAGAGAGGGUGGGAGAGAAGGUGAAGAGUUAGAGAGUUAGAGGUCCGUGUCCACGAUGCUGGCGGACGCUGGAAAAUGGCCGUGAUCGGCGAGGCCAGGUUGAAGACGUUGAAUGAUAGGGAAUUGGCGGGAUUGUUGAGUCCCAGGUUAACCGGGAAAAAGGUUAGAACGCCGAUGCGUCGUCGGCGCUUCGAUAACGUAACGUCAUUAACAAGCAAGGCGAACAACGAGGUAAUAAAAAUACGUGAUAAAAUGUCGUCUUCGUCGUCCGAGACUAACAAUCGGGGUGCUUGCGUCGUCGAUCUUGGUGAGCUCAGUGACCCUGACGACCUUUAUCCUGACACCGACCCUCUCAGGUACGAACUCCGUAACAUUCAAUCCGUCAUCAUGGUCACACGACAAAAUAUUGAUGCUCUCAACAAUCGGUUCGCCGGCUUUCAACAUCCACCCUCUAUUUAUCUCAACGAGUAUCACGAACUUACAUCAAAACUUCAUGAACUCGAAUCCAAGGAACAAAAGCUCAAUGAACUUUUGAAUUCAACUGUCACCGAUACUCACGACGACAACAAUCCAUCCAAUCCUUAUUGCAGCCCAAGAACACCCUCCAAAUCUCUACUCCGGGCAUAUUUACCCAAUCAACAGAGAACCAGCGUUCAGGUUCGCGACGGUUUGUCACUGCGAGAUGCCCUUGCAAAGGCGAUGAAGCUGCGUAACUUAACAACAGAGAUGUGCGUAGUAUACACCGUGGGAAUGGAUUCUGAGAAGAUUCCGAUUGCAUGGGACACGGAUAUAUCUUCGUUGGAGUGCGACGAAAUAUCGGUUGAGAUAUUGGACAAAUUUCCAAUAGCGACAUCGAUAUCGCACACAUACGUGCGAAAAACAUUUUUCACGUUGGCGUUUUGCGAGUGUUGCAGAAAAUUGUUGUUCCAGGGUUUUUAUUGUAGGAUAUGUAACUACCGAUUUCAUCAGAGAUGCGCGGGGGGAGUGCCCGCGUUGUGUCACCAAGUGCGAAUGCAAGAUGCGUAUUAUCAGACAUUAUUGGCGUAUAAACCGGAAAGACUGAGCGAUGAUUUGAGUCGAAAUAUGUCACCGUCGAGGAGUCAGCGGCAUCCUCGAACGUUAGCUGAACAGGAUCGUUCGAGUUCGGCGCCAAAUGUUUGUUACAAUGCGGUAAAACCCGGAGGAGGAGAGGGUUCGAUUAGCGCGGAAGAGUACGCGAGGUCGCAGAGUGUCGGGAGAGGUACUGGAACGAUUCAGAGCCCGAUAUCCCCGGGAAGUAGUCCAACGAAACACAGCCAAUCGACCCAAGCGAGUCCAACGAGUACUCUAAGACCGAAACGACCGCGAGCCCGAUCGGCCGACGAGUCCUCAAAGAAUCUGCUCGCUCCGCGAGAAUCGAUCGAAGAUUGGGAAAUUCCUGCGGACGAAAUCCUCGUCUGCUCUCGAAUCGGUUCGGGUUCUUUCGGGACCGUUUACAAAGCCCACUGGCACGGCCCGAUAGCGGUUAAAACUCUCAAGGUGAAAAAUCCAACCUCGGCCCAGGUUCAUGCCUUCAAAAACGAAGUCGCCGUCCUGAGGAAAACUCGCCACGUGAACAUUCUACUUUUUAUGGGUUGCGUGAGCAAACCGAAAUUAGCAAUCGUGACUCAAUGGUGCGAAGGCUCCUCGCUUUACAAACAUUUGCAUGUUUUCGAAUCGAAAUUCGAGCUGCUCACGCUGAUAGAAAUUGGAAGACAAACCGCUCAGGGAAUGGAUUAUCUUCAUGCUAAAAAUAUCAUCCAUCGUGAUCUCAAGAGCAACAAUAUAUUUUUGCACGAUGAUCUUACCGUGAAAAUUGGAGAUUUUGGUCUUGCUACCGCGAAAACGAGGUGGUCGGGCUCUCAACAAUCUCAUCAACCUACGGGAUCUAUACUUUGGAUGGCGCCAGAAGUUAUCAGAAUGGAAAAGAAAAAAGAAAAUCCUUACAGCUUUCAGUCGGACGUAUACGCUUUUGGAAUCGUACUUUUCGAACUCCUCGCUGGUCAGUUGCCAUACUCCAAUGUCAGCGACAAAGAUCACAUACUUUGGAAAGUUGGCAGUGGAUAUUUGAGACCGGAUCUCCUUAAAUUACGUUCCGACACGCCAAAAGCGUUGAAAAGGCUCACCGAAGAUUGUAUUAAAUUCUCCCGCGAAGAGAGGCCCAUUUUUCGACAAAUACUCGCCAGUCUCGAAGCUCUCAUUCGUGGCUUGCCGAAAAUCACUAGAUCCGCUUCCGAACCCAAUCUCAAUCGAACACAAUUGCAAUCCGAUGAUUUUCUCUACUCUUGCGCUUCACCCAAAACUCCGGUCAACUUUCAAUUCGGUGGAUUUCCGUUUUAUCCCAGUGGCGGCAAUAUUUAGGGACGUUUUCGCCAUCAGGCAUCCAGCUCCGGGCGUCAAACUUCGCCCAUCGCUAUCGUGCGAAGACACUCGGACGCUGAUUGCUGGCGAUAAGCGUUAAUAAUUAUAAUUCAACAUAACGCUGACUACGCUACCGGACUUCACCGAAAAGCAUAUUCCAAGUUUCAACAAAUUUACGCGAGUGAUAAAAAUAUUUGUUCAAAUCGUCGAAUCUUUUACGAGCAAAAGACAAAUUCACCAAUAAAAAAUUUACGCGAGUGAACGAAACGAUGUUUGGAAAAAUCGAUAGAACGUAACGUGAGUGAAAAAAAUAAAUAAAUAAAAGAUAAAUUGUUGAUCGAAGGGCUCGGAGCGUUGAAAAUUGAUGGAAAUAAUAAACGGACACGUUUGCGAGAUGAAUAAAAUGUAAACGAAUCGAAUAACCGGAGAGUGAGCGUUGAUCAAGUUCGAUCAAUUGAGCGCUGUUAAACGUUUCUUCGAAUUCUCGUAAUUGACGUUUGAAAAAUAUAAAAAAGUAGAUUUAAAAAAAUUGAAUGUCCACGUUAGCGUCCAUGGUGAACCUGCGCAUUUAUGUUCCUGUAUCUAAAGAGCAAUUCGAGUCCUCAUUUGGACGUGAUUUUAUCGAAAUACUUUGUCAAAAUACGUUUUAUUCUGUAAUUAAUUUAAUUUCUUUUUUUAUUAGUUGAAAUCAAUUAAAAAUGUAAUAUUUAAUUUAAUUAAUUGUUUUGCAUCGUUCAAUACAAAGUGAAGCUUCAUUGAAAGUCUAAUUUAAAAAAUCGAGUCGACUUUAUUGCAACUCCGAGCAACGCGAAAUUGUAAAUUCAUUUAUCGAAUAACUCUAUUAUUUCGUCAAUUGUCCAAUUGGUUAUUUUCAUAUUGGACGCUGAUUGGGAUAUUUCAUCAAAGCUUUUGGAGCGAGCGAGCAGGAAAGCAACGUGUCUUUCGUUGGCGAUUGCGAUUGUCAAAAUAAUGCAAUACCGAGUGAAUUUUCUUUUCGCAGUUAUCGGUUUGAAAAUUGAGUUUUCUAAAAAAUAUAAGUAGAUUCUAGAGAAAAAUAAAAACAACAACAUAGCUCGGUCUCAAAACCAGCGAGACUCGCACUAAUCCCAUAAUCAACAAAAUUGUAAAUACAUUUCAAUUGUAACGAUCGGCUAGCCGUUGGCCACGCGUGAGAAUCCUUAAGAAGGAUGUAAAACGAGAAAUAUUGGGCGAAAGGAGAUUAAUGCAGUCGCAAACGAGAAGGAAGCAUUUGAAAAUUUGAGGGGAGGCGGCGCGUUGUCGAGUUAGCGAUCACGUGACUUGUUGAUAUUUUUUUUUUUCAUCAUGAAUGUGAACGAUUGUGUAAAAACGUGAAAGAAAUGAAUUUUUGAAGUAACGACGAGGUGAUAAAAAAUGCAUUGUUGCCUGUGAGGAUCGUGUAUACAUAUUCAAAUUUGGAUCGACCGGCGUGACAUCCGGUCGCCAUUAUUUCUUCGUACACCGGUGGUCAGACGGAGGCGGCGUGAAUUUGUAAAUUCUUCGCCCAGUUAUUAUUUUACCUGAAAUGAUCUUGAAUGCACGUGUGUCGCCGCCGCGUGUACUUGUGUGUGUGUGUGUGUGUGUGUGUGUGCGUGUGUGCUCUGCUGAGAGAAAAUAUGUAUAUAAAUAUAAGAAAAUACCCGAAAUAUUCGAGUACGACAAUGCAGCCAUACACGCGCGUAUGGAAAAACGAAAAAAAAAAAACAAAAAACAAAUGUAGAGAAAAAUGGAGCAAAAGAAAAGUACUCGGCUCUGUCGGCGUUUUCGAGCCGCUCCCGCAUCUGUGUUCGAUUUCAUCGACUUUUACCGAUUUCAUCCAGUUUUAUCAAUCAUAUGAAAACUCGUGUCCCAAAGAAAACAAAUGAAUCUGUAUCAGUGAGGAAAUUUUGAGAUGAACUCGCGAGACUGUUGACAGGGAUUAUCCAUCGCGAAUAUCUAAUUAUUGAAUAUUUCGGUAAUUCUUCGAGGAAUUAAAAGAUAAAACAAACAGUUAUAAAAAGGGCCUAAGGAUAUCUCUCCUCGUCGGGAUUUGAUCGUUUGUAUAAAAAAGUUGUACGGAAAUGUUGUAAUUUGAGAUUGAGGCGAGAUGAGAACACACGAUAACGAAUGGCAAGAAAAUUAGUCUCGAAUAUUCGGCUUCGACAAAAUUUAUUUAUUUAUUUAUGCGAACAGUCGGAACACCACCGAUCAUAAUGUCAUCGGCGCGCCCUCAUCUCGUUCGGCAAAUGCGCGAACUCGCGCCAAGAGUCGUAACAUGCGCCACGAUCGGAUGAUCCCGUGGAAGAGACAUGGACAUUGCGAGAGCUAAGAGAAUUACGAAAACGAUAAACAUAAUAAUUAAAGGAACUCUAUAUUACAAUUAUUAUAAAUCGUACACUCUCCCUCUCCCUCUCUCAGUGAGAGAUGCCCCCGUACGUCGAACGAGUAUCGUUGAACAUCACAAUCGUCGAAAUAUAAACGGGAAGAGUCGAGAAAAACAAAAAGAAGACGCGCGAGUACGGCGGAGUAUUUGAUGGAAAAAAUAGGUUCGAAUCCACGUUAAUCAAUUCAUUUUCAAUGCCCUACCGAUUGAAAUGGAGAAUUGAUUUUUUGGCAAAGUUUCUGAUGGUUUUAUUAUUCUUGUGCCCCAUCAAUUUUUAACACGAUCCGCCAUACACUCGGGUCUUCGCCACUUCUUUAGAAUCUAUUAUCGCAACAACACUUAAAUAUUUGUUCGCAGUUGUUGGAUCGCUGUAAUUAAUGAGAAUUUUAUUCUUCUGCGAAUCUCAUCGAUUUUAAUCUCACGUUCAGUGUCAAACAGAUAAUAAAUUUUAUAUUUCACCAAUUAUUUUCGUUCCCCAAUCUUAUACAAUGCGAAUGUAUUCUCGAUAGCAACUAGUACGGUUGUGGAUUUAUGUCAUUGUCACUGUCCUCCUGUUCUUAGCCGACGAGAGAGAGAGAGCGCGAGGGAGAAUUGUGUAAACAUUUGGUCGAAAUCCUGCAUUCGAAGUAACGGCCAACACCUUUCGUCUUUGCCACGUGUCUCGGCUGGACAUUCCUCCCGUUGUACAUUUUUGCUUGGAUGUUAUUAUUGUAAACGCAUAUGUGUACGAAAGAAUCGAAAGAACGAAAAAAAAGAUUGAUCGCUGGAUUUGCGCAUGUGCAAUGUGAAAUCGCGUUACUAAUCAAUCGAGUGAGAGAGAGAGAGAAAGAGGGAGAGGUACUUGAUGACGAUUGUAUUUAUCGAAGGAAGGAAACUUAUUGAAAAUAAAAAUUGGCUCGAUCUUCGCUAAA